GUUUAACAGAGGAGGUAAUUGACUUCAGCGCUUAGAAAAUGAGGUGAAAUUGACUGUAGGCUGCAGGCACGGAAGGGAAAAGUCAAUGAAGAAUUAAACUGUUUGAAGGUCAGGCUAGAUUUAUGAGACUUUUGUGAGCCUCUAUAGGUUAUGUGCUGGUGGGUGAUAUGUCAACUGCAAAUCUAACAUGAAUUGUGAAUUAUGUGAUAUGCUAAAUGUUUCCUUUAUGUUCCUCAUUGUUGUUGCUCAGGUACACAAAGCUGAACGACCCCGCGCUGUGGCUGUCCAUCAACAGGACCAGUGGUCAGAUAGUUACCAUAGCAACCCUGGACCGGGAGUCCACCUAUGUGAAGAACAACGUGUAUGAGGCUACGUUCCUGGCUAUAGACAGUGGUUAUCCCCCGGCCAGCGCCACCGGCACCCUGCAGAUCUACCUCAACGACAUCAACGACAACCCGCCGGCGCUGGUGCCACGCGAGGCGCAGCUGUGCGAGCGCGUCAACAGGAACACCAACGGCGUCAACAUCACGGCGGCCGACGCCGACACGGACCCCAACGCCGGGCCCUUUGUGUUCGAGCUGCCCAACUACCCGCCAAGCAUCCGACGCAACUGGACCAUCUCUCGCAUCAGCGGCGACUACGCCCGCCUGGGCCUGCGCUACCAGGUGUACCUGGAGUCGGGCGUGUACGAGGUCCCCAUCGUGGUGUCUGAUUCGGGGAACCCUCCGUUGUCCAACCGCUCCGUCAUCAAGGUGAAGGUGUGUCCAUGCGACCGCAACGGAGACUGCACCACGCUGGGGGCCGUGGCGGCCGCGGGCCUGGGCACCGGCGCCAUCAUCUCCAUCCUGGUCUGCAUCAUCAUCCUGCUGUGCAUGGUGCUGCUGUUCGUGGUGUGGAUGAAGCGCAGAGAGCGGGAGAGGCAGACCAAGCAGCUGCUCAUCGACCCCGAGGACGACGUCAGGGACAACAUCCUGAAGUACGACGAGGAGGGCGGGGGGGAGGAGGACCAGGACUAUGACCUCAGCCAGCUGCAGCAACCCGACUCCCUGGAGCACAUCAUCAGCAAGCCCCCGGGGGUCCGCCGGGUGGACGAACGCCCCAUCGUCCCCGAGUCCCAGUACCCCAUCCGGCACGUCCUGCCCCACCCUGGAGACAUCGGGGACUUCAUCCACGAGGGUCUGCGGGCGGCGGACAACGACCCCACGGCGCCCCCCUACGACUCCCUGCUGGUGUUCGACUACGAGGGCAGCGGCUCCACGGCGGGCUCCGUCAGCUCCCUCAACUCCUCCAGCUCCGGGGACCAGGACUACGACUACCUCAACGACUGGGGCCCGCGCUUCAAGAAGCUGGCCGACAUGUACGGCGGAGGGGACGAGGAUUAAAACAAAACACAAACGCAAAAGACGAAACGGCAACGGAAUUGAACUACCGCGCUCGAGUGUGCACUUCGACGUCGAGAAGGGGGUG